GAGCAGAACUGGCCCUGGUCCUGUCGUGGGCCCCGCGGAGCCGGACGCUGCCCCCGGCGCGGCGGGGAGGAUGCUGCCUGGCGGCCCCGGGCCCGCCGCGCGCCGCCGCGAGUGAGCUGUGAGCCGCCGCGGAGCUGCUGGGCCGGCGGGGCCGGGGCGCGCCGCUGCCCCCGGGCGGGGUGAGCGAGGCGGGGCUGGGGCGGCUGCGGGGCUGCGAGCCGGGCGGGCGGGGUGCGGGCGGCCUCCGUGGCCUUCGGAGCGCCCUCCUCGCCCAACUGCCUGGGGGUCGCGGGGUGGCGCGGGGCUCCGGCCCACCUGCCCCUCGGAGCAGAGCCCUGGCCGCCGCCGCUCGGCGGGACCGCUCACGUGUGCCGCCGCGGCCUGGACACCCCGCGUCUCGUCCUGAAAACAUCUUCGUAGUUUGCCGUUUGCGCUCACUGUUUGCAGGUUGUCUGCAUCGCAGAGGACAGGACAGGUGGGAGGGACUCGGGCAGGAACUUGAAGAAUCGCUGUACGUGGCAAGCUGGGCCGCGGUUUCCCGGAGGCGGAUCGUUGUUUCCAUUCAUAUUUUAAUAAGGGGCUCGGGGCGUGGCUUCGGAAAGUGCCGGCGGCUCCAGGUGGAGCUGACCACAAUAAUGUUCAACAUCAACCCCCUGGAGAACCUGAAGCUGUACAUCAGCAGUCGGCCUCCCCUGGUGGUCUUCAUGAUCAGCGUGAGCGCCAUGGCCAUAGCUUUUCUGACUCUGGGCUAUUUCUUCAAAAUCAAAGAGAUUAAGUCACCGGAAAUGACAGAGGAUUGGAACACUUUUCUGCUACGAUUUAAUGAUUUGGACUUAUGUGUAUCAGAGAAUGAAACAUUAAAGCAUCUCACAAACGAUACCACAACUCCGGAAAGCACGAUGACCAGCGGGCAGGCCAGGACAUCCACCCAGUCCCCACAGGCCCUGGAGGAGUCAGGCCCAGCUAACAUCUCAGUUGCAAUCACCCUAACCCUGGACCCACUCAAGCCUUUCGGAGGGUACUCUCGCAAUGUCACCCAUCUGUACUUGACCAUUUUAGGGCAUCAGAUUGGACUUUCAGGCAGGGAAGCCCACGGAGAGAUAAAUAUUACCUUUACCCUGCCUACUGCUUGGAGCUCGGACGACUGUGCCCUUCAUGGUCACUGUGAGCAGGUGGUGUUCACAACCUGCAUGACACUGACAGCCAGCCCUGGUGUCUUUCCUGUCACCGUACAGCCACCACACUGUGUUCCCGACACGUACAGCAAUGCCACGCUCUGGUAUAAGAUCUUCACAACUGCCAGAGAUGCCAACACGAAAUAUGCUCAAGAUUACAAUCCUUUCUGGUGUUAUAAGGGGGCCAUUGGAAAAGUCUACCAUGCUUUAAAUCCCAAGCUCACUGUUAUUGUUCCAGAUGAUGACCGUUCAUUAAUAAACUUGCACCUCAUGCACACCAGUUACUUCCUCUUUGUGAUGGUGAUAACGAUGUUUUGCUAUGCUGUUAUCAAAGGCAGACCCAGCAAAUUGCGUCAGAGCAAUCCUGAAUUUUGUCCUGAGAAGGUGGCUUUGGCUGAUGCCUAAUCUCACAGUUGCCUGUUUUCUGAGAGACUGAGAGAACCAUAAUCAUUGCCUGCUGAACCCAGUCUGGGCCUGGAUACUCUGUGAAUACAUUAUCUUGCAAUGUUGGGUUAUUCCAGCCAAAGACAUUUCAAAGUGCCUGUAACUGAUUUGUAUAUAUUUAUAAAAAUCACUUCAUAAUUGGUCCAGUGAUGCACGUGCUUUGCACUGGGUGCAGCCAGCCAGAACCCUUCAGCCUCACCUGUGUACUUGACAAGAUGAUUCUCUAGAGUACCGGCAAGGACUGGUGACCUCGUUCCAUCUGAGCAGACCAGGCUCCAGCUCAUGGGGCAUCUCAUUGCUGGUGGGGUUGAGGUUUGCUUUGGUUCUUAUUUUAGCCCAAUAUGUACAGAAUGUUCAAAGCAGUCUGCACCUUUGACCUGAUACUGCAUUUCCAAAGCCAAUGGUCCAUUUUUGUGGAUUUUAGUGUCUGUGACUUAAUAAUCAUAGUAACAACAGUAAUAAUCAUUUUUUAUGUUCUGCUUGGAAGGAAACGUACCUAUAUUUCUAAUUUUUUUGUUUUUCUUUGAAGAAAAAAUAGUCACAUUUCAAUACUACUUUAGUUAACAGAGAACUAUGCUUUUAUCUUGAGUAAAUGUUAAGUAUUUAAAAGUCACCUAUGUUGCAAAGAUCUAAGUCUCAUUUUCCAUAUAGCUGGUGAGGAACCUGUUCUUGUUUGAGUUGGCAAGGAAAAUUCCACUGUCUUUUUUGUUUGUUGUUUCCUUUUUUUUUUUUGGUCUCUUCCCUCCAUUAUAAAAGUUCAAGCAGCUUCCUCACCCAAAAGGGCUUAAAACAAAGUAAGUGGCUCUAGGUUAAAGUAAAUGACCUGUUUUAUUUCUGGGAAUGCAGAUGACACUCUAAAAGGGUAAUGACUUGGUUUAGUAGUUUUGAAAGGGAUUUUUAUUUUCUUUAAAGACUGAGUACAUUUUCUUGGAUUUAUGUUAUACAAUUAACAUAUCUUCAGAAGGAAAGUGGCAGUUAGAUCAGUAAUGUGAAAAUUGUGCUUGUGAAAUUUGAAGGCAAGUAGUUGUGGUUAUUUUUUUAUCAGGGAAAUCAAAAGCAUUUUACUUUCUUAGAACACAUGGGCAAUGUAGUUGCUCCAUCCUUUUUCCUUUUUAAUCCAUCCCCGUUUUUUAAAAAAAAUUGUGCAUUAUCUUUUGCGAUCCUUUCUUGUUACUUUUUUUUUUUUUUGUAAUAGUUCUUUGCCUUAAUAACUAACUCACUGUCGUUAGUGACUGUGUUUUCCCAAGCAAACACAGUUUUUUUUUGUUACAGCAAAAUGGCAUGUAAAACUUUGGACAUGACAGUCAGCACUUCUUUCCCUUAACUCUAGGUCUGUAGUCUGCUCUAAAUCAAAAUCAUUUCUGUAAUCUGAAAUAUACUAGCCUAGAAUAUCUUAUCCCGGGCAUUCUUGAAUAGAAAACAACUGUGGGCUUUUACUGAAGGUUGUUAAAAUAAUCACUGUAGAAACUUGAUAUAUUAGUAUCUCUCUUUUCCUUUUAGUAUAUUUCAAGCGCAAUAAUUAUACUUGUUGGUCCAGUUGUGUGUGUGUGUGUGUGUGUGUGUGUGUGUGUGUGUGUGUGUUAGGAGUUGCUUAUAUGAUGCAUGGCUAACCUGUUUAGUUUUCUCUUUAGAGACCUUGAGACUCUCAUGAGGUAAGAUUGAGAAAGAGCCAUUUAUUUGGCUUGACCUUUGGAAACAUCAACAUAGUUAAGGCCAAUAAUUUUAGAUUAAGCUGCUACUGUAUUAAUAAAAUCCCAGUGAAGUGGAGUUGUAGGGACAAAUUUAUAACAGCUAGAGUAAUAUAAACAGAGAUAGACAAGUAAAAAAAAAAGUCUUUCUCUGGUUUGUUCAGUCUAGCUUGUUUUAAUAGCAGGGAAUGGCUGGAAUUUGUAACCAGGGAAGGAAGGACAGACACUAUUAGGCAUGAGGAGAGAAAGUAUGACUGGGCAUGAAACCAGGACACACUUAAAAAAUCCAGCAUUCACCCUAGCAGGGAAUUCUCAAAGAUCUUACCGGAAUCCAGAGUCAAACAGGUGUCUAAGGAAGGCUGGGGAAGCAGGGAGGCCAUGAGACUUAGUGAAGUGGUUUAGUGACAGUCAAGAUUACCACUGAGUCUGGGGGAUUCCAGAGGACCUGCUACUAUCUGGGCACUUAGAGACAAGACCUGAUUCUCCUCUGUGUCUGACUGGGCUUCCUCAGGAUCAGAGGAGUGUCACAGAUAGGGUACUUCUGCCAUUCAAGGGUGACCUUGCAUAAGAGCACUGGCUCAUCCUCAACUAUAUUGGACUGGAGAUCCCACAAAAGGUCAGCAACUUAAUAUUCAAAUGGUUGUUUCAGAUCAUAUUGAUCUCUUUCCUUUUUCCUUUUCGUCCUUUCACUGUAUGACUUGAAUCAGUUUUGAUUCUAUUUGUAAGUUUUUCUCAUCAUUCAGAACCUGCUAUUUCUGUUGCAUUUUCUUUGGCAGUAUUGGGGAUUCGGCAUCCUGGUUUUUCACCCCUCCUGCAGGCACUGUGGGGUUAUGAGGGCCAUUGGAUCCAUUUCAUUUAUCUUGCUGCAUGAUGGUCAGUAGCUGAUCUGUUACGGCAUUCACUUCCAGAUUAAUUUACUGUGUUUGAAAUAUGUGCAUAUGUGCUUUACUGAAUAAAAACAUCUGAAUUUA